GGAGACGGUGGCGAAGCCGAGUCGGUCGGCGGCGGGGGCAACGGCGACGCCGAGGGAGGCGGCGGCGACGGCGAGUCGGAGGGAGGCGGCGACGAGGGCGAGGUGGAGGGAGGCGGUGGCGAGGGCGAGGCGGACGGCAGUGGCGGCGACGGCGAUGCUGAGGGCGGCGGGGGCGAAGGCGAUGCCGAGGGAGGCGGCGGCGACGGCGAUGCCGAGGGAGGCGGCGGCGACGGCGAGGCCGACGGAGGCGGCGGCGACGGCGAUGCCGAGGGAGGCGGCGGCGACGGCGAUGCCGAGGGCGGCGGCGGCGAUGGUGAGGCCGAGGGCGGCGGCGGCGAGGGCGACGCGGACGGCGGCGGUGGUGACGGUGAGGUGGACGGCGGCGGCGGAGACGGUGGCGGCGACGGCGAGGCGGACGGAGGCGGCGGCGAGGGCGAGGCGGACGGCGGCGGCGGCGACGGCGAGGCGGACGGAGGCGGCGGCGACGGUGAGGUGGACGGCGGCGGCGGAGACGGUGAGGUGGACGGAGGCGGUGGCGAGGGCGAGGCGGACGGCGGUGGCGGCGACGGCGAUGCUGAGGGCGGCGGGGGCGACGGCGAGGCGGACGGCGGCGGCGGCGAGGGCGAGGUGAAGGGAGGCGGUGGCGAGGGCGAGGCGGACGGCGGCGGGGGCGACGGCGAUGCCGAGGGAGGCGGCGGCGACGGCGAGUCGGAGGGAGGCGGCGGCGAGGGCGAGGCGGACGACGGCGGCGGCGACGGCGAGGCGGAGGGAGGCGGCGGUGACGGUGAGGUGGACGGAGGCGGUGUUGACGGUGAGGUGGACGGCGGCGGCGGAGACGGUGAGGCGGAGGGAGGCGGCGGCGAGGGCGACGCGGACGGCGGCGGCGGCGACGGCGAUGCCGAGGGAGGCGGCGACGAGGGCGACACGGACGGCGGCGGGGGCGAAGGGCGGCGGGGCGACGGCGAGGCGGACGGAGGCGGCGGCGACGGUGAGGCGGAGGGAGGCGGCGGCGAGGGCGAGGCGGAGGGAGGCGGCGGCGACGGCGAGGCGGAGGAAGGCGGCGGCGACGGCGAGGCCGACGGAGGCGGCGGCGACGGCGACGCAGAGGGAGGCGGCGGCGAUGGUGAGGCCGAGGGCGGCGGCGGCGAGGGCGACGCGGACGGCGGCGGCGGCGACGGCGAGGCGGACGGAGGCGGCGGCGAGGGCGAGGUGAAGGGAGGCGGUGGCGAGGGCGGCGGCGGCGAGGGCGGCAGUGGAGACGGGGGCGGCGGCGACGGCGGCGGCUGGCUGGGCGGCGGCGACGGCGGCGGCGACGGCGGCGGGGGCGAGGGUGGCGGACUGGGCGAUGGAGAGGGCGGCGGCGGAGUCGUCGCAGACGAUGUGGCGAUGCCGACGAAGAG